UGAGAAGGAGGGAGGGAAGAGCAAGAAGGAGGGGAGGGAAGAAGGAAGAGAGAGAGGGAGGGAAGGAGACUGUAUUUGGCAGCUGCCUCCAGGGAGACCAACCAUCAAUGCGGGAGAGCUUCACAAUGUCCUCAGCAACUUCCAGGAGCUCUUUACCCAGCGGCCUGUCCGUCUUCACAACUUUUCCAGAUGUUCUCUUCAUCCCCGAAAUGAUAUUUGGGGGCCUUGUCUGGAUCCUCAUUGCCUGCUCGAAGGUUCCAAAUGAUUCACUGCAGGGCUGGGUGAUGUUUGUCUCUGUGUUCUGCUUUGUCUUGACUGCUGUACUCCUGUUCCUCUACAUGUGCGGGGCGCAUGGGGGCAGUAGCUCCUGGGUCACUUUGGAUGUCAUCUGUCAGGAGACAGCAGCUCUGUUCUACUUCAGUGCUUCUGUGUUGGAAGCCAUUGCUACCAAAAAAAUGCAGGCUGUAACUCCGUUUCACCAGGAGAAUAUUUCUGCCACGGUAUUUGCAUUCAUAGCUACUCUGUUGUAUGUGAUCCAUAUUAUAUACUCUCUCCGCCGAUGGAAAUCAUCCUAAUGAUCUGUCCAUUGCAUGUUCUAUCUUGCAUGUUCUAUCUUGUGGUCACCCUACAAACACAGAAGUUAUCCAAUGAGCACAGUUUCCAGGCUGGAAUUAGGGCUUGGUUUUUAAUGUACAUACCAUAAACAAGCAGCUUUUUAUGUGGAACCAUGGCAACGAAGACCAAGAGCCUGUCAGAGAAACCUGUCUGCUGACACGAUCUAUUUUUCUUCAGUCUCCUGGUUGGGUUCAGCUUGAUGCUGGUAACCAGGGCCUCAGCAGAAAACCCAGCUUAAAUUAGAACAAUACAGUUGGAUUUAAAAUGUCAAAAUGUCCCUGAACCCUUUAUGUACCCCUAUGACUUCACAGUCUUAAUGGAGUCUCUGACUCCUAACUGUCAGAGGAAGCCUGAACAACUGGUGAUACACAGCAGAAGAAUGAAACCUGGUCAUUUUGGUUGACAUGCAUCUGUGUAAACCUCUUUGCCUUCCUCAUUUGCUGUGCCAAAAGAACUUUCCAUGCCAUUUUUGAAAAUGCCACUUGUGACUUGUGAGAAGGAGUAAAGGCAGCAUUCAGGUGCAAUGAAUUCCCUGCAACACCUGAAAGGUACUGCUGAAUUACAAGACACAACUAUAACCCCAGGAAUUAUUGCUGCCACAGAUUCCCCCAUGAAACACAACUAAGGAAACGUACUAUAGAUACUACAGCAGAAUUAUAUGAAUAAUUAGAAUAAUGUCUCAGAUAAGCAGAUGCAAUUAGCUCUUGUCUUCAGCAUGUGACUGUUCUCACAUAUACUGGCACUAUGUCAUUAAUAAAGAUGGAUUUCCUAUGAUUUUACAACCAGACAAAGGCCACU